UUCCAGGGCGACGGUUCAGGGAUUACGAAGAGGGAGCGAAGAUCUCAAUGGAUUGAAUAUAGAAGGAAGCCAGCCUUCCCUCGUUUGGUCCUCCGGCAUCCCAUCGUCCCUUGCGACACGGACACGUCCUCGCCUUGGCAGCCGCUCUGCGCCGCCGGUGCCCGGCGCCCUCUCGGUGAUCCGCCGCAGCCCCCUGGGCGGGUGUCAUGGCGGCCAGCGUCGAGUUGGCAGGAGUUGUCCGCAAGGCUGGCGGAAAGUGGCCGAAGUAGCCGGACAGACGUAUGGCUCGGGCUAUUAGGAGUUCCCGGGGAUGAGCGAGGGUCCCCACGCAGAGAAGAAUUUCUCAGAGUUGGCGAGUGUCCGUCGUUCGCGGCUCGGGAGCAGUCUGGGCGGGGGUGGGCUGUGGAGGGGCCUGCCUGUCGCUCCCCUCGGAGGUCGGCGUCGCCUUGGAAACCGGCGGAGAGCACCUGGCGGCGGAUCGCUGCGGGCCCCUGACCUAUGUAAAUAAGGGCUUGAGAUCGCGGCUACGGAACGAAACUCCAACCCGGACGCGGAGGAGGGAGCUGUUUCGAAGUCCGCCGCGGCGAUGUCUUCGUGGCUAGGCAGCCUGGGCUCUGGCCUGGGCCAGUCCCUGGGACAAGUGGGCGGCAGCUUGUCUUCUCUGACGGGCCAGAUCUCCAACUUCACCAAGGACAUGCUGUUGGAGGGCACGGAGGAGGUGGAAGAAACUACUGCAGAAUUCCAAAUAUCCAGUUCUAGGAUGAAGGAAAUUGAAGCCAUUCACAUAACCUUAAGGGCAGAGAAUGAGAGACUUAAGAAACUUUGUACUGACCUAGAAGAGAAGCAUGAAGCGGCAGAGCUUCAAAUAAAACAGCAAUCUUCAGAUUACCGAAAUCAACUACAACAGAAAGAGGUGGAAGUCAGCCAUCUAAAAGCAAGGCAGAAUGCACUACAGGAUCAGUUGCAGAAGUUGCAGACAGCUGCUCAAUCAGCGAAUUUGGAAGUUGGCAAUUUACCUUCAACAACUACAUCAGCUUCCUUUGUUCCUGGAAUUAGUCAUCAUGUUUCAGCUUUUCAUGGCGAUGACAUGGACUUUGGGGAUAUAAUUUGGUCACAGCAAGAAAUAAACAGAUUGUCAAAUGAAGUUUCAAGACUUGAAUCUGAAGUUGCCCAUUGGAGACAUAUUGCUCAGUCUUCCAAAGCACAAGGAACAAAUAGUUCUGAUCAGAGUGAAGUCUGUAAACUACAGAAUACUGUCAAGGAGCUUAAACAGAAGUUAAGUCAGGAAAUUGAUGAUCAUCAACAUGAAUUGUCAGUUUUACAAGAUGCACAUCGGCAUAAACUAGGAGAGAUAAGUCGUAGGCAUAGAGAAGAGUUGGGUGAAUAUGAAGAAAGAAUUGAAGAACUUGAAAGUCUAUUACAUCAAGAUGGCUCAGAGAUUAAACUCCCUGAUCAUUCUAAAGUUCAUGAAAUGCAAAAAACAAUUCAGAUUCUACAAACUGAAAAAACUGAGUCAGUGAAGAAAAUACAAGAACUUGAGGUUGAAAUAAAAGAUAAACAUGAAAAAUUGUCAUUAACAGAAAAUGACAAAGAAAUCUUAAAGAAAGUACAAGAACUUUUAAAUGUGGAAAAAAGUCAGGUAAUACAAGAAUGUGAAAGACUGAAAAUGGAAGUCAGUCAUUUUAUUAUGAUUGAAGAAGAAAGAAUUCUCCCAGAUAAUAUGUCUGUCAAAGAGGAGCUGUUGAGAUUACAACAAGCAUUGUCUGAUGCACAAAAGGAAAUAAUGAGACUGAGUAGUUUAAAUCAGGGAAACAUUCUUCCUGAAGACAGUCUAGAACUUAAGAAGAAUCUGCAAAUACUGAAAGAAGAAAAUUCAUCUUUGAAUCAAGAAAAGGAAGAACUUCAAAAAACACUUUUAACAUUUCAAAAUGAACCUGAAAGCAUUAUUAAGUUCACAUCUACUGAAGACAUGAAUUUGAAAUUAGAAUUAAGUAAUUUAAAAAUUGAUUUGGAAACAAAGAACCUAGAACUUAAUGAAAGUAUUGCUGAAAAAGAAACAUUAAUAGCAGAGUUAGAAGAACUGGACAAACAGAAUCAAGAAGCUACUAAGCAUAUGAUUUUGAUGAAAGAGCAACUAUCAAAACAACAUAAUGAAGCAGAUAUUACCAUUAGCAAACUAAUACAAGAUGUAAAUGAUGAAAAGAAGAGAGUUUCUCAACUUGAAAAUGAAAAGAUGAAAAUUACUAAAGAACUAGAAGUACAGAAAGAAAAGUUUAACCAAGGAGAAGUUGCCCUUCAUGAUUUAAAUAUAAAUAACCAAGAACUUGAGAAUAAGAUUAAGGAUUUAAGAGAUCAGCUAGAUAAAUCACAAGAAUACAUUUUGAACAUUAAAAAGGAAAAUUCAGAGCUUCAGGAAAAAUUAAAACAGAAUGAAAAGGAUCUUUUUAUCACUAGGAAUGACUUAACUAAGCUUCUCAAUCAAGAAUCUAAUAGUAACUUUCAGUGUCACUUACUUAAAGAAAAGGAAACAGAAAUUGGGAACUUAAAUAAACAUCUUUCAGAAAUGAAAGAACUCAAUAAAAAUUUAGAGAAAAUUGUUCUUGAUGUUAAAAUGGAAAAUGAAAAAUUGGCUUUAGCUUGUGAAGAUGUAAAACAGCAACUUCAGGAAUCAGUUACUGUUAAGAAUCAGGUUUCCCUAGAAAAAGAUACCAUUAUUGAAGCUUUAAGAAUGGAGAAAGGGCAAUUGGAGGUACAAUUACAUCAGUCUGAAAAGAGAUUGUUGGAGCAAGCUCACAAAUAUGAGCAAACUAUUGAAGAACUGUCAAAUGCACGCAAGAUGAAUACUUCUGCCUUACAGUUGGAACAUGAGUGUUUAAUUAAACUUAAUCAAGAGAAAGAUUUUGAGAUUGCAAAACUCAAAAACAAAAUUGAGCAGAUGGAUAGUGACCAUAAAGAAACUAAAGAAAUCCUAACAAGAAGUUUAGCAGAGCAAAAGGAGUUAAUAGAACUCAUAAAAGAGAAAGAGAUAUUCAUUGAACAACUUCAAGACAAAGAAUUAAAACUUCAGAAGAAACUUGAUACACAUAUUCAGAUUUCAGAAAAAAACAAAAUUUUCAGACAAACUUUAGAAGAAAAAGAUAAAAAUCUUGCAAUUAUGAAAGAAGAAAAUAAUCAUCUGCAGGAAGAACUUGAAAGACUCAGGGACCAACAAAGUAGAUCUGUACCCAUAGCUGAGCCUAAAACCUUGGAUAUUAUCACUGAACUUGAAACUGAAGUAACACAAUUGAAUGUAAUAAAGGGAAAUCUUGAAGAUGAAAUAAAAUGUUGCCAAAAGACAAUUGAGGAUCAAAAUCAGAAUGAAAUGAAACUUUUACAGACUUUACAAGAACAGAAAAAGGAAAUAGAUGAGUUUAAAUCCCAACAUGAACAAAUGAGCAUUACACAUACACAACUCUUUUUAGAAAAAGAUGAAGAAAUAAAAAAUUUACAAAAGACAAUCAAUCAAAUUAAAACUCAGUUGCAUGAAGAAAGACAGGACAUCCAGACAGAAACCUCUGAUAUCUUUCAGGAGACUAAAGUUCAAACACUUAAUGCAGAAAAUGGAAAUGAAAAGCAUGAUUUAUCAAAAGCUGAAAUUGAAAGAUUGGUAAAGGGAAUAAAGGAAAGGGAGAUGGAGAUUAAGCUUUUAAAUGAAAAGAAUGUUUCUUUAACUAGGCAGAUUGAUCAGUUGUCCAAAGAUGAAGUUGGUAAAUUGAAGCAAAUCAUUAAACAGAAAGAUUUGGAGAUACAGGCUCUUCAUGCCAGAAUUUCUUCUGCAUCUUACAUGCAGGAUGUUGUUUACCUUCAACAGCAACUUCAAGCUUAUGUUGUGGAAAGAGAACAAUUAUUUUCUGUUUUGAAUGAAAAGACUAGGGAAAAUAGUCAGUUGAAAACAGAAUAUCAUAAAAUCAUGGAUAUAGUAGCUGCCAAAGAAGCAGCUCUUUUAAAACUUCAAGAUGAAAACCAACAAUUGAAUAGUAGAUUUGAAAGUAGUGGCCAGGACAUGUUUAAAGAAACCAUUCAAAACUUAUCUCGUAUCAUUAGAGAAAAAGACAUUGAAAUAGAUGCAUUAAGUCAGAAAUGUCAGACUUUACUGACUGUUUUACAGACAUCUGACUCUGGUAAUGGUAAUGAGGUUGGGAGUGUUAAUAGUAAUCAGUUUGAGGAACUUCUACAGGAACGUGAUAAAUUAAAACAGCAAGUAAAGAAGAUGGAAGAGUGGAAGCAACAAGUAAUAACAACAGUGCAAAAUAUGCAACAUGAGUCUGCUCAGCUUCAAGAGGAGCUUCAUAAACUUCAAGCUCAGGUUUUGGUUGAUAGUGAUAAUAAUUCCAAGUUACAGGCAGACUAUAAUGGUUUAAUCCAGAGUUAUGAACAGAAUGAAACCAAGCUCAAAUGUUUUGGUCAAGAGUUGGCACAAGUUCAGCAUAGCAUAGGGCAGCUUCAUAAUACCAAGGAUCUUCUUCUGGGAAAACUUGAUGUUGUCUCACCUCAGCUGUCAAUUAGAUCUUCAGUUGUUUUACCUAUGAGAGACAGACAAUCUGAAAUACCAAAUGAGACUUCUAAAUCUCUACAACAAGAAUUAGACCAGCUAAGGAAAAUAUUACAAGAAAAAGAUGCAACAAUUAAGACUCUUCAGGAGAAUAAUCAUAGAUUGUGUGAUUCUGUUGCUGCCACGGCAGAGCUUGAAAGAAAGGAACAUGAAGAAAUUGACUCAGAGAUUAAGCAGAUUAAGGAGAAACGAGAUAUUUUACAAAAAUCGCUUAAGGAAAAAGAUCUCUUAAUCAAAGCUAAAAGUGAUCAGUUACUUUCUUUAAAUGAAAAUCUAACUAACAAAACAAAUGAAAAUGAACUUUUAAAGCAGGCUGUAACAAACCUUAAAGAGAGAACUUUAAUUUUAGAAAUGGAUAUUUGUAAACUAAAGGAAGAAAAUGAAAAAAUUAUAGUCAUGUCCAGGGAAAAGGAAACAGAAUUUCGAGCUCUACAGGAGACCAAUAUGCAGGUUUCUAUGAUGCUGAGAGAAAAAGAGUUUGAAUCAAAUUCAAUGAAGGAAAAAGCUCUUGCUUUUGAGAAACUAUUAAAAGAAAAAGAACAGGGUAACACUGGGGAGUUGAAUCAGUUAUUAAAUGAAGUUAAGUCUAUGCAGGAUAAGGCAGUUAAGUUUCAGCAGGAGAGAGACCAAGUCAUGUUGGCCCUGAAGCAGAAACAAAUGGAAAGCAAUUCCCUACAGAAUGAGGUUCAACAUUUUCGUGACAAAGAAUCUCGCUUAAACCAGGAGCUAGAAAGAUUGCGUAACCAUCUUUUAGAAAUGGAAGAUUCUUAUACCCGUGAAGCUUUGGCUGCAGAAGAUCGAGAAGCUAAACUAAAAAAGAAAAUUACAGUUUUGGAAGAAAAGAUAGUUUCAUCCUCUAAUGCAGUGGAAAAUGCCAGUCAUCAAGCCAAUCUCCAGGUGGAAUCUUUGCAAGAGCAAUUGAAUGUAGUUUCCAGACAGAGAGAUGAAACUGUACUUCAGCUUUCUCUUUCUCAGGACCAAGUAAAACAGUAUGCAUUGUCACUAACUAAUCUACAGAUGGUACUAGAACAAUUUCAGCAAGAAGAAAAAGCUAUGUAUUCAGCUGAACUAGAAAAGCAAAAGAAAGAAAUAACGGAAUGGAGGAGAAAAGCAGAGAAUCUAGAAGGGCAGGUUAUGUCAUUGCAGGAAAACUUGGAAGAAGCAAAUGCUGCCUUAGAUUCAGCAUCAAGACUCACAGAGCAAUUGGAUCUCAAGGAAGAACAAAUCGAAGAACUUAAAAAACAAGGUGAGCUCCGUCAGGAAAUGUUAGAUGAUGUACAGAACAAAUUGGUAAACCUAAUAAAUAGCACAGAAGGAAAAGUAGACAAGGUAUUAAUGAGAAAUCUCUUUGUUGGACAUUUCCAUACACCAAAGAAUAAACGUCAUGAAGUGUUAAGAUUAAUGGGAAGUAUCUUGGGAAUUAAAAAAGAGGAAAUGGAACAGUUGUUGAAUGAAGAUCAGCGUGGUGUCACUAGAUGGAUGGCAGGAUGGCUUGGUGGAGGAGGAUCAAAAAGUGUACCUAGCACACCUCUGAGACCAAAUCAGCAAUCAAUGUUCAAUAGUUCUUUUUCAGAACUCUUUGUCAAGUUUCUGGAGACAGAAUCCUGUCCAAGCCUUCCUCCACCAAAGCUCUCUGUUCAUGGUUUGAAACCUUUAGAUUCGCCAGAAAGGGGAAAACUAACUAAUUCAGCAUCAGAUACAAAAGGAUCUGGAAGCAGUAGACGACCAGAUGUAAAUCCAUUCUUGGCACCACGUUCUGCAGCUGUACCUCUAAUUACCCCAGCUGUGCAUGGAGUUAGUGGAACUGGACAUUUGCUUAUGAAGCCCAUUUCAGAUGCUUUGCCUACAUUUACACCUUUGCCAGUUUUACCUGAUAACAGUGCUGGUGCUGUGCUCAAAGAUCUCUUAAAGCAAUAGAUGAUGCUGAAAGCUGAGUUAAGAUAUAGCACUUUAAAGAAGCCGUGAACACUUUUUGUAAAUACCUUACCACAAGAGGCCUUUUGGAAAAAGUCAUAUACUUGUUUGCAUUUUUUUCUUAUUUCUCUAAAUUUGAUUAUGAAGUAGUGAAUGCUUCUGGGAAUUGCAUAUAUCCCAAAUUAAGUGCCCAAUGCCCAGUAUUUUUUUUUUCUUUGUUGACUCUACAAGCUCAUUUUUGGCUGAUGGAAAUUUGAUCUGUCAUUUUCUACCGCAAAAGAGAUGUAUGGUGGAUGUUAGAAUGACCAAUGAUAAUGUUUUGGGUUAUUCCUUCUCUGGCCCAAGUUGUUUUUAGGGAAAAAAAAAUUAUUAGAAGCCAAAGUACAGGAAUUUGGUGGAGUAAUUCUAGACUUCUUUGUUUAGUGGAGAAAUCAGAAUCAAAGCAUGUUCUAAGCUGUUCUGGAGCACUUAAUUUAGGCAUGCCUAAUUUUUUUCCUUUCAUAAAUUAUGACGGAUUUAUUAAGCCAAGCCAAAGUGGAAUGUGCUGCUUGAUUCUGAGAAUAUUUCUAAGAGGAUAGCCUAUUACUGAUAUCAAAUAUGCAAAAAGAAAUUAUUUAAAAUUGAAAUUCUAAAAGAGUCUGUCCAAAUCAGAAAUUUUCUGUAUUUGGUUUUUACUGGUAUGUGAUCAUUAGCAUUUUUUAAAUGAGGCAGUUGGUGUCAUGAUUAGUUGUACUAUAAUUGUAGUUAAAUAGAUGGAGUAGUGUAGUUAAGUAACUAUAUACAAAUUAAUUAUGUAAUGGUACAUUUAGUUUCAAGAUAGCAUUUUUUUUUUCUGAUUUGAGGGUUUUUUAUGAGACACACUAAGAAAGUCAAGUUGUUUUUGACGGUGAUAUAAUCUAGACCACCAGCACCAAGAGUUUGAAAUUAGAGAAAGUGUAUUUCUUUUAAUUUUAUACAAAACCUUCAUAAAGAAAUAAUGCCAACCUGGAAUUUAAUUAAUUGUAUCAGGAUGUUAAUAUUUGUAUUAGAAGUUGAAGAUGUACAUUUAAAAACACAUUUCUUGCCAUUUUUGUAAAUUUCCAUGUGGAUUUAAAAUGUAAACAUCUGUAUAGAAAUGAAAAGUUAAAAGAUACUUAUCCAAAUAUGUAAAUAGAUCUGGUUAAUGCCAGAACUGAAGCUGGUUAUUUAUAAAUUUUGCUAUAAUUAACUGUAUACUUUGUACUUUGUGAGACAGACUGGAAGAUUUUUAAUUAUACGUGGAUAGGUAGAACUUACCUUCUGAAAAAUUGAAUCCCUAGGACAAUGCUGUCUCAUAUUCUUGAUAUCAUUUCAUUUAUUUCAUCACCUAACUAGUUUUAUCCUCAUUCCUUAUUAAGUCUAUGUUAAAAAGGAAGUUAUCAUUCAAGUUCUAUAUUAGAACUGUCACACUACUCUGUUAGCUAUAUUCCAUUGUUUCCCCUUGAAAUUUUUACUGUUAUAAGACAUAUUUAAAAUACAAGAUUGUAUAGAAUCUUCCAAAACAAUAAAUAUAACAAAUUUUU